CGAAAGAAGUUGCAGAUGUGUGGUCGUUUUGGGAUCAAGUAAAGAUUAUACAUAAGUAACCAGGCUUAAUCGGCUUGGUAGUAACGACAUUGGAAGAGAAGGAAAGAAGAAAUUGAAGAAGUAGGAAAAAGGAUACAGCAGCGCUGUCCGACACAAAGCAUCGUCGUCUUAGCUGUCGAAAUACGGCGUCAUUCAUUAAAGUCAUUCAUUGUGGAAUUGUUUUUAUUUUCUAUUAUUGGACCGAUUAAGUUGCGACACAACGCCGUUCGAACAGUCCAGGUUUCCACGCUAGAGGUGCAGACAGUGUGAACGGUGUGGUAAAGAGUAGGAAGAAGAGUAGGAAUUGUAAGAAUUGGCUCGGGGAAUCAUCAAACAUGCCGUCCGCUACCGCUAGACGAUUAUAUGAGGACCAAAUACCCUCAUUCAUGUCCAUUUUCGAUCCCGAGACGGACAACAAUAUUGAGGAAAGAGGAUUGGUGACGAUGGUAGAUCCUAAGUUAAUGGAGAUGGAGUCAUCGUGCGCACCUGGGCAACUGCCUGGCACUGGGCAAUUCACUGGUCAACUUGCUGGUGGGUUAGCACAACAACAACAACAUACCUUACGACCUCUGCCAAACGACCCUGCGCACCGUCACCACGACAGUACAUCAACCCAAAAUUCCGAAUCUGCAGAUUCUUCUCCCACAACAACUCUAACCACAGACACUUCUUCACUUUCUGACCCGUCACCGUCUUCUUCGCCAGAUUCACCUGUCAAUUUAAUACCUUUAAAUUCUUUUCCGGCUACCAAUUUUGGUGGCCUACCGUCAACGAUGGAUAGCCUCACCGUCAACGACUCCGGUAAGCGGGAGCGACCCAUGACGUCUCCUUCUCCCCGACGCGCUCGAAACAUGAAAGGCCUGUCGAUCCAGCCACCUUUGGCGAGCUCACUAUCCUCCCAACUUGUUUCCGAGCCUUCAUCGCCCGCUUUUAUUAAGCCAAAGAUCCCGGCAAUGAAGCGAAAACCCAGUCAGCUCAGUCUCAAGACUGACUCUACAGGCCUUAACAUGAGGCCCACUGCUCUAGAAGUCCCUGGCUCGCCCAUUCUUCCCCCGAUCAUUCAGCGAAGAUCUCUGAAGCAUUCGACAUCAUCCCCUCACAUGCUUUUUGGAUUAAAUGGGUUGAAGUCAGCGACCUUCGGCCCAUCGGGUGGCAUGACGUUCCCUCCAGUGCUAGAGCGUGGAACUUCGGGAUUGUCUGAAAUAUUACGACCGACAAAGUUGGGGAGCAGCGGCCCAGGUUAUGAUACUACUAUUCUCGAGGAAGAUUCUCCUAUCAAGACCCAGCUUGCCAAUCGCGCUGCAAUGGACUUUGAACCUUUUAUUGAGCCCGAGAACAACGAAGAUCAGAAAUCACCAGGUUAUCCCGAUGGCCCUAUCGCAAUUUACGAGGACAAUGUCUACUUGUACUUGGAGCCUACCGCAGAGGAGGCUUCGAAGUUCGACGUGGUAAUCAAUGUCGCCCGUGAAGUCACCAACCCUUUCCAAGCUAUGGGCAAGGAACCACCUGCGAUGAAUGUGAAACCAAUACAAACAGAGUCGCCCAUUCCGGACACAGCCAUGACCAAUGACAGCUUUGCGACAGCCUUUGAAUUCCCUCCCUCGGAACAAAACACAGUGGAAACACCCACAACCCCGAAAGCCAAUCCCUUUUCGGAACCUGAAUAUAUCCACAUGCCAUGGGAUCACAAUACGGAUAUCGCCACAGAUUUAAUGAUGCUCUGCGAGACGAUCGAGAAGCGCACAAAGGAUGGAAAGAAGGUUCUUGUUCACUGUCAACAGGGCGCGAGUCGCUCGGCCAGUCUCAUCAUUGCCUAUGGCCUCUAUCAAAACCCCGGCCUGACUGUCAAUGAUGCUUACUACGCCGCGCAAUCUAAGAGCAAAUGGAUUAGCCCGAAUAUGCGAUUAAUGUACUGUUUACAGGACUUCCAGAAAGAGGUUUCCAAGAAGAAGCUACCCCCUCGGUCUGCCGCCGGACCACGAAGUGGAAGGAGUCCCACAAAACAUAGGCUUACCCUAUCUGCGAACGCCAUCGAUAUGCAACCUAAGGAGCCAAUGACCGCACCGUUACCAGAUGAGAAAGACGGAACGGAUAACGGCUCCAACAACGAGCGUGUUGCAAACCAUUCCCGUGGAAAAUCCACGCCUAACUUAGAAGCAAUCUCUCCUGGGCCAUCAUCUGCUCCGUCGAGUUUUUCUUGGUCUGAGAAGGAGGAUGAGAAAGAUCCGGGAAAGCACGGCCGAUUCAACUUUGGGAAUUCCCUUGAGCCGCCUAGAUUCUUCGAACCGCAGCCAUCAGUUCAAGCGAGUCAAACAUUAUCACUGCCCCCUCCUUCGCCAGCGUUCUUCAAGCCACCGCCUUCGCCCGGAUUCUUCAAGCCUCCUCCCUCUCCUGGAUUCGCAGCUAGCCGUUUUGGUGAGGGUCCUCAGAGCUUUGGAUUUUCCAGCUUGAAUUUUGGUCCUACCGAGUCUCACCAUGAACGACCUAGUAGUCGAAGGGAGCUAACAAUCGCGCCUGCUUUGCCGGAGGACGACGAUGCCCUGAUGUCGCCGAGGGCCGAGACCAUGACAAACAAUCCAUUACAUGACUCGUAUUCGGAGUUAGCUGGCAUGAAGUUUGUUGAAGUUCCUCCUACACCAAGUGAAGGUCUUUUCUCUCCACGCCAGACCAUGUUUCCGCGAGAUCCUUUAUUUCCAUUCGGAAGACCCGCUCAAACGGCCGACCCAAGAAGCCCCCCAACGAAGGGUGAAACGCCUAUUGUUCGGUCCAUUGACGACUUUUUAUAACCCUCAGAAUAUUGAUCAUAUAUCAAUAAUGUGAUACGCGAAGAACGAGACGAGAUUCACAAACAUUUACCCUCAAGUAAAACUUAGGGCAACCUACUCUAUUUCAUUUGUUUACCGGAUUAAACACUAUCGAUUUU